GUUGCUUAGUAACAGAUUAUAUUGUGUCGUAGCAUAAAGCGCACUGCAGACUUCAUGCUCACAAAAUGAACAAACUGCGUGAAAGGCUCUGAGGCAAGGGUAUGAAGUCGGAUUAUAAAAUCGAAGCUCCAAAAAAACACAGCCAAGAAAAGGUGUUUCGUGCCAUCACUGAUGUCUACCGAGAUGAAGGAGUGAAACCGACUUCACACCAAGAGAGCCUUGCCACUCCGGUGGAGAGGGCUGAGAGACUGCUGAAGGGUAGAGCUGAAGGGGGAGACAAGCAGGCCCUUUUCCUGCUGGGACAGCUGUACUAUUAUGAGGGACGCUAUGAGGAGGCAGAGAGAGUCUUUGACGGCCUUAAGGACAGCGACCCCAGAGCCCUCUUCCAGCUAGCUGUCAUGUAUUAUGAUGGCCUGGGCACUGCUAUGGAUCAAGCAAGGGCAGUGGACUACAUGAGGAGAGUAGUCCAGUGGAACAGCCCAGAGGCAGGCUCCAUCAGAUACACUGCUCUGUAUCACAUUGGCAUAGCCUACCUGGAGGGCUAUGGGGUCCAGCAAUCCAAUACAGAAGCAGAAAGUUACUGGCUCCUUGCUGCUAAUGAGGGAAACCCCAAAGCCUGUGUAAAAGCUCAGAGUUCUCUGGGUAUGUUCUACUCUAGACCUGAGACACAGGACCUCAAAAGGGCGUUCUUCUGGCACUCAGAGGCCUGUGGCAAUGGCAGUCUGGAGUCCCAGGGCGCACUGGGGAUCAUGUACUUGUAUGGUCAGGGCAUCCAGCAGGACCCCAAGGCUGCCAUUGAGUGCCUGAAGGAAGCGGCUGAGCGGGGGAAUGUGUACGCCCAGGCCCACCUGGCUGCCUACUACUACCACAGGAAGCUCUACUCGAGAGCAGCAGCCCUUGCCAACAGGAUUACCAAUUACGAUGACAUUGCUGCCAUCGCCAUGGUCACCGACUGCCUGCCUGAAUACGUCAUUAAGGGCGUGGCCAUUGCUCUUUUCUACUACGCCCGCUGUCUGGAACUGGGAAAGGGGGUUCCUCAGAGCAAGGAGAAGGCCUGGCACUACUUCACUAAGGUGGGCACACACAUUCAAAUGUAUGUCAAUGUCUGUCUUUUUGGUUAUGUGUCGGACCCCAGUAAGACUAGCUGUCUCCAUUGGCUUCGGCUAACGGGGAUCCUAAUAAAUCAAAUCAAAUUCUGCUUGACCCAUUUGCCUGAAAUAGCAACAUAAGUAUCAGUGAAGGCCAAUUAAGAUUUGAUUAAGAUUUUAUCACCUUUCUGAAUCUCAUACUGGAAACUGGAUUCUCUUUGACUAGGCUGCUCGGCUAAACCCAGAAGUGUGCCAGGACCUCCAGAGGGACAUCAUCUUUAGCAGAAUGUAGAGAUCCACCAUCAUGACCUUAGUUAGGGAGUCCAGAUAGUUAAUCUCAAAGCAACAGAGGAGACUGCUGAGUAAAUAACAUAAGACCUGAAUGCUUUGUGUUCAGUGUGUGGGUUUGGUAUGGAUAGGAGUACGGCGAUUGUGUGCCCAGUGUAACAACUGUUUAAUAACUACAGAUUCCACACAUUAGAACGGUGUUACCGGUACUACUCUGCAUGAACUUGGGGUCCUUGAAUUCAGAUGCAAUUUAUAUACAUUUGUAGCAUCCAAGUUCAGAUGGU